AUAUUAAGUGCAUAUAAUAGAAAUCCCUUUGAUGUUCCUUCCUGUUAAGGUCACUCUUGGGAUUUCUAUGUUUUUAUAGAUUAUUUCUAAUAGAUGAAGAAAUCACGAAAGUCACUCUGAUAUUCAUUUGUGAUAUAAUACUUUCAAACAUCCAUGAUGAUUAUGCCAUGAUGUGGUUUUCACCUGUGAGUUAUACAGAUGGAGUUUAUAUCAAUCGUUUCUGUAUGUGUUUUUCAAAGAUUAUCCUGGGUUUCGAUUUUGAAACUGAUUUACAAUUAUGUGACAAGUCAAUGUUUGUCAAAAAGGAGACAAUAGUAUUCUUGGAAUCUCAAGUUACAAUCAUAAAAAUCUAUGUGUCUCAAACUGAUUUUUCCACAUCUCUCUUUCAAAAGCCCUAUGUUCCCAAUUUCACAUGCCCCAUGUACCCUGUUUCACAUGACAUUUGUUCUCUAUUUCACAUGCCCAAUGUUUCCAAUUUCACAACCCCUAUGUUCCCAGUUUCAC